UCUCAAAAAAAAAAAAAAAAAAUUUAAAAAGAGAAUAAUAAAACCUCUUUAAAACACAAAAUAAGUAAUAAAAUAGGUAGAUAUUAAGUAGGUUUAGCAGGAAGCUCAAUGAAUAUAAAUACAAUUUGCCAUAUUAACCUGACAGUGUUCAGUCUCUGGAUCCCACAGUGGAAUGAGAGAACCAGCUUUCAAAGAUUGUUUUUUGACCACCAGCACAUACAAUUAAUAAAAUGACUAAUGUUAAAAUUUAAAUUUUGUAACUUGAAAGAUAAUUUCAACUUUCAAGUUAGUUGGAGGAAAAUGUAAAGUUGUGCUAAAUGUUUAUAUACUGUAUUUUAAUUCUUGCCUUAAAUAAAAUGUGCCACUAAUGUAAAUUAUUACAGAUCCCAAGUCCUAAUUUAUUUUGUGUCUUCUGGACAGUCUUUGGGACUCUCACAGAGUAUGUGUCUCACACAGAAUAAGUAGUCUGCCUGAUAUAUCAUAAGAGGCAUCUGCCUUUAGUAGUCAUGAUUCAUAACCAUCUGUCUUUCUGCUUUGAGAUUUCCUCUCCCUUCUCCUGAGUUCCAGCUCAUUCUGUACUGAGGAAACAGAACAUGGGACUGCAGAAGUCCAUCUUGCCUUUGCGAUGGUGCUCUUAUGUUAAAUUAAAUCAUAGGUUUAUUUGGAACGGGAUGGGGUGGGUGAGUGUGGGAAAAGUAGCAUGGAAUUUAUGUCCACUUCUUGUAACAAUAUGCUAAAAAAGAGUGGUCCUGGGACUAAGCUAGUUUGUAUUUUUAGGUAAAGUGACUUGUUUUGGAGAGAGCACCAUUAGACAGGGAAAGGACUUCUGUUAGCUAACAACGUGUUAACUGUCUCCCUAAGAUACAGUUAGAGCAGUAACAGCGUAGGAAUAACCAUAGUCAUUUAGGGUUUUGUACAGGUCAAAUCCCGUUACAGCAAAUUUUAUAGGAUGUACAAAUUACUUCUUUGUCUCUACUUUUUGAAGAGUAUUGAUACGUAACUAUCAGACCAAGGAACUUGUUUUAUUCAUACCUUCCCUUGAAGGAAAAAAAGCUCAUAGACCGUUAAAGAGACAUUUAGCCCCAUCUGGUCUCCUGGUUCACAAACGGCCAGUUCCCCCAUUCCAGGGCAUGGACAACUAGCCAGCUCUCAGGCACUAAGUAAGCAUUGAGCAUGUUUGCCGUGUGCAGCACAGCACAGUGCUUGCUUGCCCACACCAACCACAGCAAGAAACAUCAGGAUUUUCUUUGUGCUUUGGGGGAACACUGACAAUAACGAGUGGAGCCCCUUAUUCAUUAGGAACCCCUAGAUUCCUAGAGAUAGACUGCUGUGUAAGAGUCAAGCAGCGAUGCCAGUGCCACACUGCUCUGGGUAUGAGGAGCAGUAAAGUUUUCCAAUACGUAGUCACUCUGUCCUCAGGUUGACACACUCUCAGCAAAGAGCUAGGGGUUAUUGUUAUAUUUUUGGUUUUGUGUCUUUCAUUGUAACGGGAUUUAACCUGUAACAUCUAGAUUUUCAUCAGAGAAGUGCAGAUUACACAAAUGAAAAUAUCACACCGUUUGUACUGACUGCCCUGUUUCAAAUGUACUCACUCGCAUGUUAUAUUUACUAUUGCAUAUGUGUAAAUACAAGCGAUUAGGAACCUUUUGCAGAUAACUUUAUGAACAUGGAUGUUUACUUUGUCUGCUUUUAUAAAGAAGUAAGAGAUGUACUUUUUUAUACCGAACACAUUAAGAUAUCUGUGGAAUGUUAUUUGGUAUAUGAUGGUGAGAACGGUUGCUUUAAAUCACAGGGUGUUUUGAAUGCUGCUAGAGUAGCCAGUGUUGCUUAACGUGGCAUCUUUUUUUCCUGUCCACACUUUCCACCCUUGGUACAGGUGUUUUUGAUAAAGCUGUGGAAUGGCAAGGUAUGUUUUUUAUGGGAUGUUCAAGAAUCUGUUAGUGUAAUUCUUUCCAGAGGGUUCCUUUACAGGACUCCUUUUGAGUUGGCUGAAGUAAACCUGAUAUAAUUGUAACAUAACAGUUUGGAAGGCAGCUGAGUGUACAAUUUGACACAACCCUUAAAUUUCUGAUUUUAUUUUUUUCCUAACCCUUACUAAAAGACAGUGUUUCAGUUUUAAAGUGCUCGGGGUGGGGGUGGUUUGGAAAUAUGUGACCUGUAAGAAGUAGCCCAAGUUCUUUGUCAGCCAAUGGUCCAGUAUUUUGUUAGAAAGUUGGUUGCCGGUAAUUCUCAGUUUCCUAAGGAGGAAAGUGCUGUGAGAGUAGCUCCUAAUGUCCCAAUUACCAGGCAGUCCUAGAGCUUUGUUAAAUGAGUCCUGUUCGCUAGCGGAACAGCCUAGCCUGAACUUGGACGGAUGGAGUGAAGGGCUAGUCUGAGCAAGGGGCAGGUGUGCAGAGCUCACACUAACUCUGCUGCCUGCUUAGUGCUUUCCUCCCUGUCCAUAAGCUCUGCUGCCUGCAGCCCUCCACAGAUGUGUGGACAGUCCUGUUUUCCAGGUUCCCCUGGGAGAACCACACAGCUAAUCAGGCAGAGCUUUAGAAGAGGACACUUUGUAGUGACUGCCCUCUAGCCGUGAGAUUGUGAAAGGUACAUGGGACAGUCCCCAGCAGCAUGUCCCUUUCCUUGUAAAAAGAUGAAGCACUUUGAAGAUGUUGGCACAAGUGCUGGAGAUACUGGUGCCUUUAGAUUACGCUGCUCACCUGGGUGGCCAAAAAGCCCUUGUUAAAGAGCUGAGGUGUUUGUGAACACCCGUUCUGUGGUUGCAAAGUUAGUGUCUGCUCAGUGUGCUCCAUCUCACCAGAAGUGUUUGCUUUUUCUCAUUCAUAGAGGUCCUGUAAUAAAGAGGGAUCCGAACAAGCUCAGAAUGAAAAUGAAUUUCAAUUUCCACUGUAAGAGGCGCCGAGGAGACUGCUCCCAGCCCACAGGGGAGAGGACUACAGCAGAGGACACCUUGAGGGCCUUCGCUUGAGCUCCCCUGAGAGUCUCUGCAGUAUCGGGCUUCAGGUCAGACAGGGCUGCAGUGACUAUGCCUCCUAAGCCAAUGUGUUAAGAGGGUCAGAUGAACAAUGAAAACAUUUCAUCUGCUAAACAGAGGGGGCUGAAGCGAUGGUUCUGGAGAGUGUUAUGUUUGCCAUUCUUGCUGAGAGGUCACUUGGGCCAAAACUCUAUGGCAUCUUUCCCCAAGGCCGACUGGAGCAGUUUAUCCCGAGUCGGCGAUUGGACACUGAAGAAUUACAUUUACCAGAUAUUUCUGCAGAAAUAGCUGAGAAAAUGGCCACAUUUCAUGGAAUGAAAAUGCCAUUCAAUAAGGAACCAAAAUGGCUUUUUGGAACAAUGGAGAAAUACCUGAAUCAGGUGCUAAGACUCAAAUUUAGUGGGGAGGCCAAAGCUCAACAACUGCACAAGAUCCUUGCUUACAAUCUGCCUCUGGAGCUUGAAAACCUGAGGUCAUUGCUGCGGUACACUAGAUCUCCGGUUGUAUUUUGUCAUAACGACUGUCAAGAAGGUAAUAUCUUACUGCUGGACGGCCGAGAGAAUUCUGAAAAGCAGAAGCUGAUGCUCAUUGACUUUGAAUACAGCAGUUACAAUUACAGGGGAUUUGAUAUUGGAAAUCAUUUCUGUGAAUGGAUGUAUGAUUAUACCUAUGAAAAAUAUCCUUUCUUCAGAGCGAACAUUCGGAAAUAUCCUACCCGAAAACAACAGCUCCAUUUUAUUUCCAGUUACUUGGCUGCAUUCCAGAAUGAUUUUGAAAGCCUCAGUGGUGAAGAGCAGUUCGCUACAAAAGAAGACAUGUUGCUUGAGGUUAACAGAUUUGCCCUCGCCUCCCAUUUCCUCUGGGGACUUUGGUCCAUUGUACAGGCCAAGAUUUCAUCCAUUGAAUUUGGGUACAUGGAGUAUGCCCAAGCCAGGUUCGAUGCCUACUUUGACCAGAAGAAGAAGCUUGGGGUGUGAAUGGGAUGACUCCACUCUUCACCUCUGGACUGCAGGAGGCGGCUGUGCCAGGCCCUCGGUGGAGCGUUGCUGUGACCACUGCCCUGGGCAGAAGGUCUGGAUGGCUCACUACCGAGCAUCGAUGUGUAUGAUACUACAGACUAUAUUAAAGUGGAGUAACAUUUCUUUCAUCUUUGUUUACGCUCUCACUAGGACUCUGAACCGUGAUUGGAAGCAGAAAUAUAGUACAAUAGUGCAAUAGCUCAGAACCCACCUAACCUGGAGGCCUUUUGGCUGCAUGGCUACAGCUUUCAGCCAUAUAUGGCUCCAGCCGGACAGAGCAGUGCCAUUUGGGUACUCCAAGUGCUGACUUAGAAUAUUAAUGUACUGCAACACAUCUGUGGCCAGGCUUUGUAGAUGACAAUGUGACAGUGUGUUGUUGGUGAUGCUUCUGAAGGGCGAGUGAGCAGACAUAUACUGUGAAGUGGCUCAUCGGGUCGAGCCCAAGCCGUGGGGUCUGUCAAUGGGCAGACUUCCUGGAGAAGCAGGUACACUUGAGCUACAGGUGUACAUCUGCAGAAAGUAGCUGUAGCCUUCCUGUGCCUGCCUACGCAUGAGUACAUGGGCCAGUGUUACUGACCGGCCAUGACGUCAGUGUCUCCUGACUCCCCGGGGAGGAGCAGUGGGGCCAGCUUCCCCAGCCUUUCUUGCCUUCCCUCUGCCUAGCCUGGAACUUGGAUAUCUGUCCAGGAUUCUCCAAAGCUGCUUCCCAUCUGGUACUACUGGGAGACAGCAGCUGUAUGUGGGGUAUCGGGGUACAGGUGGACUAGAGCUGUGAAAUCCAUGUACAUUAAAUGCCCAAUGGGAUAAACUUAGAAUUUUUUUUUUACUCUGAAUUCUGUUUUGUGCACAUAUUUCUGCUACCACCAAGACUGUAUUAUACAGAAAAAUAAACAACUUGAAAACCA